AUGAGUGAGACUGCCAAGGUCAAGAAAGAGAAAGCGUCAGCCAAACGUAAUAGCGAGGCACGUCGUGAACAAAACCGUCUCGCGAGCCGGAAUUACCGAGAGAAGCGGAAGCAAAAAUUAGCUCUAUUGAAUGAACUGCUUGAGCCAAGCAAUGUUGCUACUGAUAUUACCGAUGAUGCUCAGACGAAUCCCGUGCAGGGACUGAACGGACCGAGUGAGUUGUAUGCUACUCAGCUGCAAGAACAAUCGUUAUCAGGAGCACCUUCCUCUGCAACAACGGCUGGAAGCCAAGAUAUGAGUGCCUUUGGGAGCGCUGGGCCAUAUAUGUGGGAGGACUCAUCCCAAACAACGAUACCAACGACUUUCUUUCAACCCAUGCCUCCAAACACUCUUCCAUUGACCAACCUGGACGAUGCUUUCAGUCUUACAAACCAGGAUCCAUGGGGAGACAACAUGUUCGGCUUCUCAAUAGACUCUCAGAAUGCCUCUAAAAUGACUUACAUAGACUCGAGGUCAAUAGAAGAGGUUUUUGAGAGCAGUCCAGAGUCAGGAGCCAGCCCGGAAACACCACCCAGCGACGAUGGCAACGAUGAGACCCUCAACAAUGUCUUGAGUGGUGUAGAGAAUCUUACUUUGGAACAAAAACGCUCUCUUCUUCGACGGCUACAACAAGAUACCCAACCUGCAACUCCAAAGCCUCAUGUUCCUUGGCACCAGGCAAAACCUCCAACUGCAGGUCAACUACGAGCCAUUGAGUUUGCAAAAGCGUUGUACAAAACUGCUCAUGCCAGACCAACGCUUCUGCCCACACAAUACACGAUGGAGACAGGUAUCUUUGGGGCAAUAUUUGCCAAUUGUUAUGCGCUUGGCAUGGCGGGUGUGGACGAGAUUCUCGGUGAAGAGGGAUGUAGUGUCUUUUCUGUGACGCAGGAUGAAGGACAUCAUCUGUCGCAAUUGCCUCUUGUCAAAUCCAGGUUUCGAGCAUUGUCUCCUGAUCUAAGACCGAUUGAUAAACAACUAACUUUUGGACACCAUCCAUAUGUUGAUGUCAUCCCAUUCAAGAGUUUCCGAGAGAAUCUCAUCAGAGCUUUAGAAAAUAAACCCUCUAUGAUUGAUGAAGGUAUUCUGUGCCACGAUAUACUUGCUGGCGGCUUCACAUGUUGGGGGUCAGGGCGAAAUCCACAUGGCAUGGCUGCAGGUGUACCUUGGGAUUCGCGGAGCUGGGAACCGAGUGUCUGGUUCCUGAUGAAGUACCGGCACCUGGCCGGUGACUGGGACGGAGAGUUGUGGACAAGUGCGAGAUGGUGGCAUAACGCUCGUGGGGAGAGGAUACAGGCAGCAAAAGUCACAGAGAUUGCAAACUCAUUCGAUGGGGCAGCGAGACGAUAG